CGUUAUGAACCUUCCGAUAGACCAAUUGUUUGUUCACUCCCAAAUAGUUCCAUUAGAUGGUUAACAUAUGACGCAACUCGAAGAUCUCAAAGAAUGGAAGGCCCUCCAACAAAUUUAUCCCCUUUUACUUUCCAGUAUACAAAGGUCAAGCAAGCGCCUCGGCGAAGAUCAAUUAUACGCCGCUACGAUAGAUCAGCUAUUCUAGGAGCUACAAAUGAUUGAACUAUCACGCCCACGAAGCUCUCAUCUUCCACGCGGUGUUGUAUAUGAAUGCAUGGAUGAAUUUAGAAAACUUCUAGACGUCUUUGAGUCCUUUGUGGAUGGCGAAUCGAUCAGAGGUAACGAAUCGGACUGGGCCAUGCGCCCUCGCCCUCCAAACGACUUUUCUAGACGCUUCCCGAAGCUUGAUAGGGUCCUGACGUACCGGUCAGGGGAUAUAAUAGAGAAACAGGUGUUCCGCUUUGAUGUAUCGACAGUGGACGACAUACAAUGCGCUAUCGAAACUAUUACAGAAGUCAAUACAGCUCUCCUGUCUAUUUAUCCUACUCCGAUACGUUCCUUCGCAGCGCCACCAACCAGCAGCGAGCAUUCGAAGGUUGACGAUAGUAUUCGCAUAUUUACUGAGAAUGUCCUCGACAGAUUAAACGUGCUCUUUUCCAAAUGUAAAUACGAUAUCGCUCAUGGGAUGAUGGUUAGGUUCUCUGGAUUGCGGGAAUUGGGUAAGGAUGCUCUCCCGGCAAAUUUAAAUUUGCUUCUCAGUUCCUGUGCGAGCUAUGCGAAUGAUGCUAUCAUCUGGCAGGGGGGCUUCAUGCCCAUACUCCUCAAUUGGGAAUUAAGUGAUCAAUCCAGCGCUAUAGGAGAUCUCUGUAGUACGAUCGAACAAUCCUUGCGUCUUGAUGAACACCUUCGAUUUCACCUAGCAGGCGAAGAGCUUUUUCCUUCCGAGCACGCCGAGAGGAGUUCGACGCGCGAUAGCGGGAAACUUGGGCUAUCAUUACAUGAAAUGAUCAAAGCAAAUAGGUUCCAACGGAUCACAUUGAGCUCAGAAGACAGGUUCUCAAUAUGGGAGAAGAGGGCACUCGCACUCAAUCUUGGGAUUUUAUUCAUGCAUUUAUACGACUGUAAAUGGACCGAGAACGGAUAGGAAGCAGCCAAUAUGCAUUUCCUCGCUUCUUUGGCGGACCACAAAUACGACAAUUUACUCCAAAUCCCCCCAUACCUGGCCUACGGUUCUCGUGUGAGCUCAACCGAAGGAGCCCAACACCCGUUAUUCAAAGGAUUUCCUGACUUUCUAUUAUUUAAAAAACUUCCCUUAGAACUGAAAUUCGGAGAGGGGAUCACCGUAACACAACGCGAUAAACUUGACACACCAAGUUUAUAUAUCACUCUACUCGUUGCUCUCGACCGCGCGCAAGUAUCAGAACCCCGACAACGA